AAAAUAGUUUAGUAAAUUAGAAUAAUGUCAAAACUGUCAAAUUAAUUUGCAAAAUAAGUAUAUUAUAUCUCACGUUGUCCUUUUAAUCAAUCGUAGUAUUUUUUGUGUACCAUUACAUUUUCUAUUUUUAUUCAUAAGUUGUGAAUUGAGCAAUAUCCUAAUGGCAGCAAUAGCAAAAAUACCUCCAAUCACCAUGAGCAAGCUGUACGUUGGAAACUUACCAAACGAGAUCAACGAAAACAAGCUAAAGCAACUUUUUGCAGAACAGAAUCUCUCCUGUACAAGUAUUCUUAUAAAAAGAGGUGGGUAUGCGUUUAUCGAUUGUCCAGAUCAGUCAUCUGCAGAUAGAGCUAUUGACAAACUAAAUGGAUUUAACUAUAAUGGGUCGGCUUUAGUAGUGGAACCGUCAGUUGCAUCUGGUAAGAAGAAGGCCCAUCCUUCGUUUUAUGACACUUCUUCGAUUAGUAUUAACACUUGGAUGAGAGCUAGCGCCUCUGAUCGUUAGAAGUUUAAAAGAAAUAAUAGAGCGAGCGAGAUAUAUUAUUGGAGUGUAUUGUAUCAAUGUGAAUAAAUAUUCCUAGCCCUAAA